AUGCCUUUAAUUUUACCUUCUUCAGAUUUAAAUAACGAAUUCACAACUUCAUCUUUACAAAAACAAUUAAAUAACAAAACAAACGGGAAAACUUUAACAAAAAAUAAAAAACAAAAAAGAGAACAAAAAGAAAAUUGUCAAAAACAAUCAACAAUUCCUUUAAAAUUAAAAAUUGUUUUGGUUGGUUCUGGUUGUGUUGGAAAAUCUUCUUUAACUAUACAGUUUGUUCAACAAUAUUUUAUCACUGAACAUGACCCGACCAUUUCUGAUAUUUAUAUAAAAAAUUGUUUUGUUGAUGAUGUACUUUAUAAAGUGGAAGUUGUAGACACAGCAGGGCAAGAUGAAUUUGCUGAAAUGCGUGAACCCCAUUUUCAAACUGGUGAUGGAUUUCUUUUAGUUUUUUCUGUUGCUAGUAGAUCUAGUCUUGAAUAUAUGCUCAAAUUGAGAGAAUUUAUUGAAAACUGCAAUAAUUGCAAAAAUUUGCCUAUGCUUUUGGUUGGAAAUAAAUGUGACUUGGAAUUGGAAAGAGAGGUAAAAAUGGGAAUUUUGAUAAAGCCCACAUUCUUACGUAACUGCAAACAGUCAAGUCUAUGGGGAAAAAGCACGGGCACUUUAUCUUCACUCGAUCCCCUUUUUUUAUUUAAAAUUUAA